CUCGAUACCCAUUCCCAAAUCCCAAAACCCUAGGAAAAUCUCUCGGCCCCCAUGAGCGCCCCAAUGGAGAUCUCCUUCUCCCCGCGCCCUCCCUCUCCGGACUCCGCGUGCACCACCGCCACCCCAACGUCGGCAGUGCCCGCCGCCGCGGUAUCCUCCUCGCCGCAGCAGGCGGCGGUCGCUCCUUCCCCGGCCGACGACAAGGUCCUCGUGUCAGUUGAGGUGCUGCUGUACGCGACGAGCGCGGCUCGCCACGAGGACGUCCAAGCAGCAGUCGAGAGGAUGCUAGAAGAUCGAAGCUUAAGCUAUGUUGACGGGCCUGUGCCGAUUCCUGCUGAUGAUCCUUUUCUUCUUGAAAACGUCAAAAGGAUCCAAAUCUGUGACACUGAUGAGUGGGUUGAGAAUCACAAGGUUUUGUUAUUUUGGCAAGUCAAGCCUGUUGUGCAUGUGUUCCAGCUGAGUGAAGAAGGUCCAGGUGAGGAACCAAGUGAGGAUGAUACACUCUCUAGCUUCAACGAGUGGGCUCUACCUGCCAGAGAAUUUGACGGUUUGUGGGAAAGCUUACUAUAUGAAGUUGGUCUCAAGCAGAGGUUGCUGAGAUAUGCUGCCAGUGCUUUGCUUUUUACUGAAAGAGGUGUGGACCCAUGUCUUGUUUCAUGGAACCGGAUUAUACUUUUGCAUGGUCCACCUGGAACAGGAAAGACGUCCUUGUGUAAAGCACUAGCGCAGAAACUUUCUAUUUGCUUCAAGUCCAGGUAUUCUAUGUGUCAAUUGAUUGAAGUCAAUGCUCAUUCGUUGUUCAGCAAGUGGUUUUCUGAAAGUGGAAAACUGGUGGCCAAACUUUUCCAGAAGAUCCAUGAAAUGGUGGAGGAAGAAAGCAACCUAGUAUUUGUGUUGAUAGAUGAAGUUGAAAGCCUCGCUGCUGCCAGACAGGCUGCCAUAUCUGGUUCUGAACCUUCAGACUCCAUUAGGGUUGUAAAUGCGCUGCUAACACAAAUGGACAAACUGAAGUCUUGGCCAAACGUUAUCAUUUUGACAACAUCAAAUAUCACCACAGCAAUCGAUAUUGCGUUUGUUGACAGGGCAGACAUCAAGGCAUAUGUCGGACCCCCUACACUUCAAGCACGAUAUGAGAUUUUGAGGUCAUGCAUACAGGAACUCUUAAGAGUCGGUAUUCUUACAUAUCCUCAGGGCGGUAGUCUGCCAUGUAUUCUGAACUAUUUGACCCUGAAGGAGAGGAAGCACUCUCCUGAGGCUGCAGAACCCCAUGGUGCGGUUCAUCUCUCAAGUUUACUCUAUGAAGCUGCAGAACUGUGCGAGGGACUUAGCGGUCGAUCAUUGAGGAAACUCCCUUUCCUGGCACAUGCUUCUGCUGCCAACCCUUCGUCCUGCGAUGCUUCUGCUUUCAUGCAUACGUUGAUACAGACUGCGCGAAGAGAGAUCUCAGAGUCGUGUGGUUAAUUCAACCUUGAGGCCUUGACAUUUUUGAAGAGCAAAAUGCUAACAGUUCAUUCCAAGUGCCAUGCCCCUGAAUCCCUGAUAUGAUCAGAAUAGACAUACAGUAUCCUAAGGUGCUAAAGCACAAGAAAAUCCAUUCCGUCUCUAGGGUUAGAAUAGUAGUUCAGAAUGGAUGCAAUCGGCGCCUCUCUGAUUGUUGUUUCAGUACUUUUGAUCUUCUGUAAAUCUUUACACUCAAGAAUCUGUACCUUGAGGGACGUCUCCCUGUUGCCCCUUGCAAAUUAGUGCCAUAUUCUGGUGACUGAAAUCAGACUUGUUUCCA